AUGAUGCAGCAUUUAGACAUGGCUCUACUGUCGGCAUUUGUGGAGAGGUGGCAGCCGGACACAAACACCUUCCACAUGUCGUUUGGAGAGAUUUCGAUCCUUCUACACGAUGUGCAUCACAUUCUUCGGAUACCGGUUGACGGAGAGCUGAUGGGAGAUGAGGCGUCGCAGGAUACUCUUAAGUCAGACAUGGGUGGUCUAGUUCGACUUUCGGUGGAUGCUCAGGUUGGUGGUAAGUGGAAGUCUAAGUGGUACGAUAAUGGUUUUAUGCAUGCAGAGGGAUUGUUGGUGCGUGGGGGAGAGCUGAAGAUUAAGGAGAUGGAGGUGCAGUGUUACCUAUUUGUGUUACUGGGAUCCACGCUUUUUGUGGAUAAGAGUCGUGAUCGCCUUCGUCCUAUUGAUGAUUGA